AUUUUUCUUUUAUCGUUCUCACCGCGGCAACAGCAACAACCAAGCAUGACCGAUGGCGAGGCAUAGCGUAAAAAGCUCUGUAGUUCUACUCUAGAGAUUAUAAACAUGAGAGACCAGGAGAAGUGGUCUGAGACUUACUAGAGAGCUUUAUUGGCAGGACGUGGGAGAACGUGGCGAAAGUGAUGCCCUCGGACAACCGAGGAGGCGUCGACGCAACCGCGUCGUCGUCAGCCCGGUUCUCCUCGCGAAGCAUGGUGUCCGUUGGCUCGGAAGGGACUUCUAUCCGAGCAGGCAGCCAGUACGCCGACGCUGCAAAAAAUGGGUCCGGUACUCGAGCAGCUGGUACCGCCCCCGGCGGAGGUCCGGCGUCCACGACGCAAGAGAAAAAUGAAUCAGCCACUAAAAGAUCCACGUCCGGUGGCGGAGUGCGGCGGCUGGGCAUGAAGUCGAUGCGACAACAGGGUCUGCUAAGUGACUCCGAGGACGAGCACGUGAGCUUUUUCGCGAUCGUGAAAAAAAACUGGAUCGGAUUCUGCCGCUUUUUUUCCAACAACAACACCUUCGCGGUGGUGAUGACGUUGCUCACGUUCUACGCGCUCGUCGGCGAUGACCUGCGCUUGGCUUUGACCGAAAAGCAGCACGACCCCAUCUUUAACGGCAUGACCUACGCCUCCAUCCUCAUUUUCAGCUUCGAGGUCCUGGUUUACACCUGGGGCAAGGCGGACUACUACGGCGGGUUCUUCUUCUAUCUCGACAUCGUGUCGACGUUAUCCCUCGUGCUGGACAUCACCACGCUUGCGGAGGAGCUUUUCACCAGCCCCGAGGACGAGGGCGGUGGUGGGCAAGGAGGGGGCGGCGUGGCGCGGGUCGGGCGUGCGAGCCGGAUGGGAACCCGUAUGGGCCGCGUAGUCCGCGUUAUCCGAGUCAUUCGGUUGGUUAGGAUCUUCAAACUCUAUAAAGCGCACCUGGAGAGGAAGCGCAAGCGCGAAAGAGAGCAGCAGAACAUGCUCUUGCCGCCCGGUAAGAUAAGUUUCGUUGACACAAGAACUUCUACCCGAAACUUCUGACGUCACAACGAUGCACGCAGAGAAACAGUGUAGUUGUGGUGCGUAGAGCUCCUUAUGGAAUUACUGCUACUAGUAUUGGCAUUCUGUUUCAAAUGAGCAUGCAACUUCUAGCUUUUGGUUUUGCAGAUGCCAGCUCCCCAGCAUAGCUUUGCGGGAUUGGUGGAAGAUCGGAAGAACUUUGCAAUGAUUAAUUCCGCAGGUGAGCGCCAGGUGUUCUCUGACGCGGCCGUCGACGACGAGGAACAUGAAGUGGAGGAGUCUCGCGUGGGAAAAAAGCUGUCAGAAAUGACCACGCGACGAGUCAUCUUGGUGGUUCUUGUUAUGUUGAUUGCGGUGCCGCUUUUCCGGUCCGACGGGUUACUCUCUACGAAAGACCUCUACAUGGACGCCGCUUCGUACUCGGUGAAUAGCAUUUGGGACUCGUUUCGCCGAUACUUAAUAGAGGUCAAAAAGGUGCACAUCGCUGGCGCCAGCGCCACGGAGGCAGAAAUCCGUCGACGAGACGCAGAACGAAACGCCUACGAACGUAAGUAUGCAGCUUAUGAGUGAGUGCUGAAUUUCGAAGUUUUACUUACGCUUGUUUGUACGCCGCGCAAAUACUAGACACGUCUCGAGGCUGCCUAGUGCACACGGUGGAACGAAAUAGACUGAGCUCGAGAUGAAGCCGCAGCACUGACUCAUCGUCGCUACGUAAGAAAGACAUGAUAUAAUCCUGAAACCUGAAUCCACCAAUCUUCUGUUAGGUAAGCACCUGCAUUUCCUGUAUUAUCAUAAUUGGCACGGCACGUACGAUAGUGGCAGCGGGUAUUCGGUAAACCCCCAUAGCGUGAAGGAUCGCGUUUUCUGGGUGGGUUUCUUCUUUCAGCCGUCCGCAAACGCAGAGUGGCAGGAGAUCGCCGAGCACGCGACGCUAGGGAACAGCAGCUACUACAACGACUCGGCCCACUGGGCGCUUCCCAGCGGCACCUGGGACGCAAAGUACCGGGCGUCCCGCCAACCGAGUGCCUCCGUGGACGGAGUGUACGAGUCCAAUGCUAUCCCAGAUGAGUUCAAGGAAAAUCUGAAGCAGGUGUGGAACGUAUCAAAUGUAAAAAUGUCUGGGUCGGGAAGAAUCCAACUUGUCAUGCUGAUUUUGGAUUCUAAAAAAAUCUGUAUUGCAUGAGCAGCAAAGAGAGUCCAAAUUUUGCAGUACGGAAAGAGCAUUUGUCAUGCGGAAUAGGCAUCAGGAAGCCCUCUAAAAAUCUGUGAUGCUAGGGCAUGCAUUACAGACUUGACCUUGAGGAGUCAUGCAAAAUGUGCAUGACAAAGCCGGCAAUCUUCCAGACCCAGACAUUUUUACAUUUGAUAGAACGGGAACUGCGAGGAAAAAGUGGACUUGUUCUUCCAGUCCUAUAUCCGUCGCCGGUAUGGUGCCUCCAUUGCUCACCCGCAGGACAAGCGCUGUCCGAAAGAUCUGCGGUACAACGAGAUCGGACUGGUAGCGCCCAUGAUCUGUGAGUCCGAAGCGUGCGGUCGUGAUACCGAUGACGUCUUUCUGCGGCAGCAAUACCCAGAGUAUUAAUAGAGGUUUUUUUUCUUGUAGCAUUCCUUCUCCUUCAUCUAUCACCUUUGUUUUGCCUGCGCUCCUGAACUGCGGAAGUUCUACCUCUCUAACACGUAGAAAAAGCAAAGAUGGCCAUUUUUGUCGGCCCAAGAAAAUGAAAAUGAAAAAGUUUUAGUUUAUCCAUGCAAGACAGUAUCUGGAUCUAUUCGGUAAUCCAAAAAUCCUGUAGGUUGGAGAGCAUGGUCUUUGUGUGGUACUUCGAUUUGACUCCUUGGACGAGCUUAGAGGCGGUUUUCAACAUGUUCCAGACUUUUUUCGUGCUUCUCCUCCUCCUGGUUGGCAGCAUGCUAUUUGCGAAGGACGCCAACAAGCUGGUGCUAUACCCCGUAGAACGCAUGAUCACGCGGCUGAGCAAGAUCCGGUCCAACCCCUUCGAGGCGAUCCGGAUGUAUUCCCUGGAAAUUAACGAUUCCCAUGCAGAAGUUUCGCAUGCAACAAACGUAAACGAAACAAAUACAAAAUUGACUUCUUUUUUCAUGCAGAAAGUAGACGGGCACGCGCACCACGGGGAUGGAUAAUUUUGAGGGAAUACGAUGUCAGAAGAAGAGCUCCGGCGCGACGCGGAGAUGAAUAACAAGGGAAAAACAGGAAUGAUCACGGGAACCGGGAGCGCGAGUAGCUCGACGGCCGGCGCAACUGGAAAUACCAGUGGGCCGAUCUCGUCAAAAGAGAAGCGGGCGCAGAUAGCAGGGGGCGACGAGCCUCUCUUGGACCACAAGUCGCCAAGCUUUGUGCAGCAAACAAACAUCCAGCGGCUGGCGACAAUCCGGAAAAACCCGUCCGACGUGCGUCACCACACUUCGCAGUCCUCCAGGUUCGAUCGGAGCAGUUCGGGCCAGGUCCUGGAUGCGGGUGUUGACAAAAGCGCCGGCGUGGAAGGGCCGAUGGUCUCCAGUACGACCAAUAAUGCCAGCGUUAGUACAACCGGCGCAAAUAAAGCAAGCGGCCGCCGAUCAAACAGGCAGGAGGGCGGCUCUUCUUUGUCGAACUUCUUUCUCAUCCGCUGGAUCCUGAAAAUCAAGCACGCUCUGGUGGCCUUUUGGAACGACGAUCCGGGGUCCUCCAAGCUGAUGGAGACGGUGAUCCUGGAGAAAACCAUUAUCAAACUCGGGGGUCUCUGCGCGCUCGCUUUUGGAGAAGCAGGCUCAGCAGUGAUCGGACACAACAUGAAGGACUCGGACACAACCAGUGCAAUAAACACCAUGGUUGAUGGUCAGUACAUGGACGCUAUUUUUGGCUUUUGCGAUAUUAGAAACUUCACGGACGCCACGGAGAUUCUUCAGGACGGUGUCAUGCUCUUCGUCAAUCGGGUACAAAAACUGGCUCGGCCUUUGUUUCUUGUAUGGAAGGGAUGUUUUUACUUUCUCCUGCUCAAAUAGUAAAAGGAUAAGUAGGAUUUUUGAUGUUUCGCGUGCUGUUAAUAUACUCUUGAAUGAUCUAGUACGUAGGCUCCAAUGUAAAAAUGCGAUCAGAUUUCCGAGAUCGUGCACACCGUCACGGAUGCGCACUGCGGAUCUCCGAACAAGAACAUCGGUGACGCGUUUCUGCUAGUGUGGCGAUUAGGGUACAUCACGAAGUCGUCCGACAUUUCCUACGAGGAGCUUCACCGCGGAGAGGCGUGCCGGAUCAGCGAACUAGCGGUGAUGUGCUUCUCACGGAUCAUCGCCGCCACCAACCGGUCCCCAGUGUUAGCGACGUACCGCCUGCACGAGGGGCUGCUCAAUCGAAUGCCGAACUACCGCGUGAAAAUGGGUUUUGGACUACACCGCGGAUGGGCCAUUGAAGGCGCUAUCGGAAGCGAGUUCAAAGUGGACGCCAGCUACCUCUCGCCACACGUACAACUUCAUGAUGGAACUAUUAUUUCUUCCUCCACCUUCUGCAGCUGCUGCUACUUGCACCCUUACGACUUGUUGAUAUGGAAGGUCCUUGGAUGAAUGACUCUCGUCCCACGCAUGAUUUUUCGGCAACUACUUCUGUAUAAAUCCUUUUCCGCGAUUUUAUUCUUCCAGGUAAAUCUCAGUGCCCAGCUGGAAGCCGCGACAAAACAGUACGGUGUGCCAUUGUUGAUCAGCGAACACCUAGCCCACUGUGUGACUCCUCCGUACCGGCGAAAGCUUCGCCGCGUGGACCGCGUGCUAGUGAGUGGGAUCAAGAAGCCCUUCUACCUCUACACCCUCGACUUAGACAGCAAUUGCCUGAAGAUCUAUGCUGCAAAACUCUCCUGUCCUCGUUGUGCAUGAUCAUGAUGUCUUCUUUAACGGUUUACUUUUCUUAGUCUUGCCUGGCUCGCUUCCUUCACAGUAAGUCUGGUCCAGAUACGAGCUUAGUAUUGCUGGAGGUGCUACUAGUACCUCUACUUACAGUUGUGUUGCGUUGUUAGAGUUCUGGUAGAAGAAGGUACCUUCUACUUGAUGGUCGCAAGUUCUCCGAGGAAAACUGUCCUAGCAUACAAAUCUUCAACCUCCCACGAACUUUUUCGAGUCGCCCAAUACGAAGAACCGGAAAAACAUGCGGCAGCGGCGGACGGAAACGGGCACAGUACCUGGUGGCAAUACAUUGCUACAGGCGGCGGCCACCAGCCCAAGCAGACACGGGGCGGGGUCUGCGUCGCCGAGCCCCAAAAAGCGGGCUCGGAACACAGCAUCGGGCGCCGCGGUAGGAGGCGGCGCGGCCGCACGUGGUGGCCAGCAAAAGAUAUCGACCUUCACGGGGCAAAAAUUGUCGCGCAAGGAGGAGUUUCAGAUGCGGCUGCAGAGGGAGGAAACGAAGGAAGAGCGGCUUAGCGAGAACUACGUCCCCUUCGACGAAUUUUGUGAGGACCAGGACAUUCGGCUCAUGACGGAGCAAUUCACAGCGGAAUUCCAUCAUCGCUUCGGAAUGGCCUUCGUCAACUACGAAAGCGGUGAGUGGUACGGAUGUGUCAGGUUUGAAAUCGUCAAAGUUGAAAUAGUUUGUCAUGCAUAAAACGCAUACCAAUUAGACCUACAGUUUGUAGUCGGUGCGUGACAAAUUUUCCCGGUCCUGGAAGCGAGUCUGUCAUGCGGUUUAGGGCCAAAGAGCUGCCUUCUGUCAUGCUAGUUAGCAGUCCAACUUGUGACCCUUACCAGGACUAUAAUCUGCCUCCCGUGGGUCCUCUGCAAUAGAGUCACUUUCUGUGUCGCAUUUUAUGCAUUACAAAUUAUUUCAACUUUGACGAUUUCAAACCUGACGCUUCCAUAAGUGGACGGUUGCCAGGAAGAAGUUGGAGGACUUUCAAAAAUACGUCCCAGAGCCGUCACAGGAAGAAGACCUCGCGUGGUUUGCGGUAAAUAAAACUAUUACUAUGUAUACUACAUCUUGAUCUUUGCGCAUUUAGUACAUUUGAACCUUUUCAAGUGGACUUGGUUCUUCCGGCGAUGCGUGCAUGACGAUCUACCGACCUUGAUGUUGGUUUUUCUUGCCUCUGCUACCAUGCGUAUUCAGUUCAGCUACACGACUGAACGACCACAAAACAGAAGAGCAAGCGACUCGCGGAGGGUACCGGUGCGAGUCCUAGCAAACGCGGCGCAGCGGCAGCACAGGUGAAAAAGGUCGAAGCACUAUUCCGUGUAAAAACAUCCCCACCCCAUAGUUGUCAUGCAAUUCUGCAUGCCAAGGAAGUUUCUCAUGCGGAGCUCUAUGAGAAGCAUUUUGAUUUUCUAGUCGUGUUUUGGAAUUUGUGAUGCUAGAAUCAGCAUGCUAUGCUAGAUCUGUGACGCUUCUGAACUAGCUAAAACAGGAUUGCACGUACGAGGACAAACUUGUCAUGCCAAUUAACGAAGGCUAGUAAAUUUGUGUAGCAGAUUUCCCAUCUUGACUCUGGUGUGGGGACGUUUUUAAUCAGGAUAAGCACCCGUGGACGGUCCCUCGCAGUGUUUGCUGAACUUCAUGAAGCAACAUAACUACGUCGCUCCUGCCGAUUGGACAGGCUACAGAUUGCUCAGCGGCGUGUGAAAAGAACGGAAGGAUGAAGAACCUACGGGCGUUGCGAGGACUGAGAGGACACGUCUCAUGAUUGAGUUUUGUCGUCAGACGAAUCAAUAUCGAAUGUGCAAAAUUAUUUUUACAGUGGUAGGACCAAUAUUACAUCACAUAAAAUCAGACGAGACUCCACUUUUUUCGAAGGGUAAAACUUCAACAGAAAUUAUCGAUGUGGCCGAAUAUUAUCGAUACAAUUCGUGAACUGGGUAUCAGUUUCAGUUUCAAACUUUCGUUUUCGUAAGCUUAAGCACGUCACCCUCGGCGAAUGCACAUGUAUAAUUCACCAAUUACGCAGACGAGCCUCCAUCGAUCAAUCAUGGUAGAGCUCAAGUAGAACUAGAAGUGCAGAAAGCAGAGGAACAUAAGCAGUUUUUCCGUUAUUUUUAUUUUUUGUCCGUCUCGACGACGGUGACGCCGGGCGAUUAAGGAUUGAUUCCUGCUAUCUAUGACCAACACGAGCACGACAUCUUAGUAUUUGCCGUGACCACAAAAAAGUCUUUACGAAGUACAAGGAACUUCUGCUGCAGCCGAGUCAAUAGUUUCAUCUCAUACGUACUGUGUCAUGUCAUCUAUGUUACAAGUUGCAACCCAAAAUGCUUGCUUCGACAAACAAGCUACCCCGACUUCAUAGUCGCUUCUCUCGCUGUGCUUUUCAUUUUUGAAGAGGAGUAUCUAUACCAACAUAGUCACGGACGUGCUUCAACAUCAAGAUAAAUCAAAAUCGGCUAUCAACGUCAAUACGAAGCAAUCAACUGUAUCAAACUUAUUCUUGCUAGUACUCAUGUCAAAAUAAAAUCAAAAACGAAGGAACAGGCCUGUGUUUGGUUCGCCGCUUUUUCUGCGAACCUUCCCCGUGAAUGGUUUUCGCUCGUGACAGGGCUGCUCAUUUCUUUCUCGCGUCAAUGGAUUUUUUCCCCGCUUCGCGCACCAGAGAGCCUUACCCCCUCAUCGUUCUGUCGAAUUUUUUCAAAUGCGAAGUUGAAGCAUCGAAAUCAG